CUCCGGAGCCGCUCUCCGCUGCCGGAGCGUCUCUGACAGGCCGACGGGUGUCCGCAGGGCGGGCUGCCGCAGCCGCCGCCGCCGCUCUGCCCCUCCACGUACCCCGGCCGCUUCUUCACCUCGUUCUCCGGAGGACUGGACCCGGACACACACCCAGCUCCGGGCCUGGACCGGGACCGGUACUUGCCGGCGUUGGCGGCGGCUCUGGCCGGUCUGCCAGGCCGUUCGGCGGACCCUGCGGUCGCCAUCUUCCCUGGUCGGCCGGUGGCAGCAGAGCGCUGCGAAACCCGGAUGUAGACUGAUUUUACCGUCGAGGAAGAAGGAAGAACCACAAGAACAAUGGCGGCGCGCCGGUAGAGGAGACUUCUGAAAGCUGAACGGGGACUUUGUUGAGUCUGACAGGAUGCGUGGCGUCCGCCCGGUGGUGGAGGUGGUCCGUCUGGGCCUGGUCUCGUACCCGGAGGCUGUGCGGCUGCAGCAGGUGUACGUGGAGCGGCACCGGUCCGGUCCGGCUCACGCUCUGCUGCUGUGCCAGCACCCGCCGGUCUACACCACGGGGCUCCGCCAGGAACCGUACCCGCCGGCGCUGCUGGACCGGCUCCGCCUGCUGGGCGCCGCCGUGCACCGCACCAACCGCGGGGGACUCAUCACCUUCCACGGGCCGGGCCAGCUGGUCUGCUACCCGAUCCUGCACCUGGCCGGCUUCAAGAAGAGUGUCCGUUGGUACGUCUGCGAGCUGGAGAAGACUAUCAUCUCCGUCUGCAGCCGCUUCGAUGUCGAGGCGUCCACGUCUCCUCACACCGGAGUCUGGGUCGGAGACAACAAGAUCUGCGCCAUCGGGAUCCACUGCGGGCGCUACAUCACGUCUCACGGCCUGGCUCUGAACUGUACCACCGACAUGUCGUGGUUCGGCCACAUCGUGCCGUGCGGCGUCGAGGGGAAAGGAGUGACGUCGCUGAGCGCCGAGCUGCAGAGAGACGUCAGCGUGGAGGAAGCCAUCCCUCACCUGCUGGAUGCCUUCAGGGAGCGCUUCGACUGUCGGCUAACAGACGCACGAGGUGAGCCGGACGGCGGGGGAUCGUCAGCGUAGAAACUGACUUUAUAACGAGCUGAACCGGACGGCGGGGGAUCGUCAGCGUAGAAACUGAUUUUAAAAACAAAAACCACAAUGCCCCAUGUUUACAUUUCUGUUUUCUGCUGGAUGUAAACUGUCAAUAAAUAUUCGUAGAUGUGAAAUCAAGGCUCUUUUGUGUUAUUUAAGCGCCAGUUUUAAAGGGGUUCUACGUAUUUAAAACCCCUUAAACCAAGGCUCUUCAACGUUUUUCAGGCCAAGGACCCCUUAGCUAAAAGAAAGACGGCGCAGGGACCCCCACCAAAUUGAGUUGAAAUUAUGUUGCAUA